AUGAACUUCAUGGGCAGAAAAAGCGACGUCAAGCAAGAAGACGUGGCCAACGUCCCGCCGGAGCUAUCAGACCUGCACUGCUUCACAGAAACGGGCGGCGUCAUCACAACCACAAUGUUCGACAUCCCCGGCUACCGCGUUACCCGCACCCUAGGCGCAGUCUACGGCCUCUCGGUGCGCUCGCGCAACAUCGCCGCGAGCCUGGGCAUGGUGAUCAAGUCGCUUGCGGGCGGGGAGCUGCGGUGGUUCACGACGAUGCUGUAUAACUGCCGGAACGAUGCGCUGGGGAGAGUGGUGAGCGAGUGCGGGUUCGCGCAGACGUGUGCGUAUGGGACUGCGUGUGUUGUUGAGAAGGUUGAGGGAGGAGAAGGGGUUGCGCCGCAGCUUGGGGGGAGUUGA